AUGACCGUACGCCACCACCGGCACCACCACCAUGGCCAUCAUCUGACCGUCAAGCAGAUCAAGAAACUCUUCGCUAACCACGACAGCAACAGCAGCGGCCGUAUCUCCAAGGAUGAGGCCAAGGCUGCCCUGAAAGAGGUCGGACCCCACCACCAUCGCCACCACAAAAAGGACUUUGAGCACGAGUUCGACAAGCUGGCCAAGCGCCACUCCAAGCACGACCAUCAUCAUAUCACCUUCUCGGACUUCCUCCACUUUGUCCACCCAGCCGAGGGACUCCACGGCCACCAUGGUCAUCACCACAAAGCCGCCAACUCUGGCUCGAGCUCGUCCUCCUCAUCGUCCUCGUCGUCUUCCUCCUCCUCUUCCAGCUCCUCAUCCUCGAGCAGCUCUGAGCCCAUCAUGGACAUCACCAUCACCCACACCAUGGACAUCACGGACACGGAUAUGGACACCAUCACGGACAUCAUCAUCCUCACCACGGACAUCAUGCUCAUGGAUAUGGACAUCACCACGAUGGUCACCACCAUCAUCCUCACCAUGGACAUCAUGGACACCAUGAGCUGCACCAUGGACAUCAUCAUCACCCACAUCACCAUCAUGGACACCACGAUCAUGGGUAUGGACAUCAUCACGAUCAUCACCAACAUGCCCCGCAUCACCACCAUGAUCAUGAUCAUGGCUAUGGACAUCACCACGGACAUCAUCAUCCUCAUCAUGGUCAUCACGGACACCAUGAGCUCCACCAUGGACACCACCACGGUCAUCACGAUCAUGGCUACGGACAUCACCACGGACAUCAUGAUGGCCACCACCACGGACACCAUGGACAUCACGAUCUUCACCAUGGACACCAUCACCAUGAUCACGGAUAUGGUCAUCACCACGGCCACCAUCAUCCCCAUCAUGGUCACCAUGGCCACCAUGACCUUCAUCAUGGACAUCAUCACCAUCACGACCACGGAUAUGGACAUCACCACGGACACCAUGAUGGUCACCACCACGGACAUCAUGGCCACCACGAGCUCCACCAUGGACAUCACCAUGGCCAUCACCAUCCACACCAUCAUGAGCACCAUGGUCAUCAUGAGCAUGGCUAUGGACAUCAUCACGGACAUCACCAUCAUCCUCACCAUGGUCACCACGGACACCAUGAGCUCCAUCAUGGCCACCAUGGUCACCACGGACAUCAUGAUCUGCAUCAUGGACAUCACCAUGGGCAUCACCAUCCUCACCACCAUGAGCACCAUGGACACCACGACCACGGAUACGGCCAUCAUCACGGACAUGGUCACCACGGUCAUCAUGAGCUGCACCAUGGCCACCACCACGGCCAUCACGAUGGUCAUCACCAUGGACAUCAUGGCCAUCACGGUCACCAUGAUCUCCAUCAUGGCCACCAUGGUCAUCACGAUGGUCAUCACCACGGCCAUCAUCACGGACAUCACGAUCAUGGCUACGGACACCACCACGGACACCAUGACCAUCACGGACACCACGACCACGGAUAUCAUGGACAUCAUCACCAUGAUGGACCUGCAGCUGUGCUUU